AUGACUAAAGUCAUCAAAUUUGGAGAUGAACUGAACACAACUAAAGACACAGCCGAUGUCUGUGGUUUUGUUGACUUUGUUGACUUUGGCCAUAACUCGACCUACAAUUUUACCUUUGAGCUGAGUUUGUUUGGUGACCCUGCAGGCGUCUCAACUGUCGUCCUCGCUGCCAUCGGUGUACCUGCCAACAUUUUCAUCGCCGCCACUUUAUGGACUCUAAGAGCCGAAAACCCAGGGGCCUUGUUUGUGUUGGCUCUUGCUGGCUCUGACGGGAUGGCCUCGGUGUUUAAGCUAAUGAAUAACAAAGAUGACAAAGAUGACAAAGAUAAAAAAGAUGACAAAGAUGACAAAGAUGACAAAGAUAACAAAGAUAAAAAAGAUGACAAAGAUGACAAAGAUGACAAAGAUAACAAAGAUAAAAAAGAUGACAAAGAUGACAAAGAUGACAAAGAUAACAAAGAUGAAAAAGAUGACAAAGAUGACAAAGAUGACAAAGAUGACAAAGAUGACAAAGAUGACAAAGAUGACAAAGAUGACAAAGAUGACAAAGAUGACAAAGAUGACAAAGAUGACAAAGAUGACAAAGAUGACAAAGAUGACAAAGAUGACAUAGAUGACAAAGAUGACAAAGAUGACAAAGAUGACAAACAUAACAAAAUGACAAAGAUGACAAAGAUGACAAACAUAACAGAUGACAAAAUGACACAGAUGACAAGGAGGACAAAAUGA